GGAUCAGGUAGGCUAGACUUGCUCGCUUGUGUUGCAGUGGCUUGCAUGCGUUAUAGAAAGCUGGAUUAAUUCUUUGGCUAAACAUACGAUUUAUGGUCGCACGGUGAAAUGAAGAGGUCAUGUCGAGGAGCCGUGGCCGCUAGUCAGACGCCCUCGCGGAGCUUCCGACUGAACUUUCAGCAAGAUCGAAUAGAUCGGAGAGAAAUUUCGUCCAUGACGGAACGCCAUUCCAAAAAAGAAGAAAUUAGGGUGCAGUGUCGGGGAUAAACUAAGCGCCAUCAUGGAGCAUUACGCAUGACUACGCAAGGACCCGAGGCCUUGGAAAUAAUCAGCGUCGAUAAACGAGCAUCGAGAAUGUGUAUAUAAGCUCUCCGAAUUCCCUCGAAACUCAAAGUUAUAAUCACCAUCAAACCUCAGUCUUCAGUCUCUACUUCAGUCUCUACUUCAGUCUCUACUUCAGUCUCUACAGCUCUCUUCAGCUCACUACAAAAAUUCUCUACCUCUUCAGGUCCAACUCCCUUACAAUAUCCAAAAUGCAGUUCAGCAUUCUCACCAUCUUCGCUUUGGCCGCUGUUGCCACUGCUGCCCCUACCGAGGUCGUCGAGGUCCGUACUACUAACACGGGCACGGGCUCCUGCUCCAACAGCCAGCCGAACGAAGUCUGCUGCUCUGCCCUCCUUCUGGAUUGCGUCCUAAGCCUAGGCAACACCUGUGGUGGCCAGGCCUACUGCUGCAACAACGAUGUUCUCAAUGGUAGCGGCGGCCUUAUCAACCUCAACCUCAACCUUCUCAACUGCGUUGAUAUUCUUUAAAUGAAAUUUAACGAAUAUAUUAAGGACUUGUGGGGAGACAACAGCAAGUGGAGGACUUGAACUAGGGAAGGAUGAUGAGAGAGACUCCUUGAGGAGUAUUUGGUUUUGAUUUAAUUUGUCACGGCCUGACUACACUCGUUUAGAUUUGAAAUACUACAAUUUUGCCAUUCGAAA